CCUGUUGGGUUAGGCUCAAGGUCGACACAGGAUGCGAUGGCGAGGCGGCGCAAUUGAAACUUUACGAGCGAUCGUUAAGUGCGGCACUAAUGCGACACGCGUUUUUAUGGUCAGCUUAGUUUGAAAUUGAAAAUUGAGGCUAAACGGCUGAAACCACCAAUUGGUAAUUGGCAACCACACAAUUGACCCACUCGACGCCGCCGUCUGCAUACAAAUGCGAGCACUUUUGCGAAAUUUCUCAAUGCGUCGGCGAUUGCGACUGCGAUUUGGACUUCCUACUGAUGAUGGUGCGCUACCUGGUGGUUGCGGGCUGGUAGUUGUUGGUGGUGUCACUAUCAGAGGCCAGGCACGUGCCACCCCACACAAAGAAGCGACCAAAAUACGCACGAAUAUCGAGCAGAAUACUGCACUGGCUAUAUGGCCAUAUGGCUAUAUAAAGCGCAGUUAGUGCCUCUAGCAGACAUUAUCAGUCCAGUGCUCCAACCACCUGACAACCACAGCCAACAUGUUCAAAUUCCUCAUCAUUGCCGCCCUCGUCGCCUGCGCCGCGGCCAAGCCAGGCGUUGUCGCCCCAGUCGCUGCACCACUGGCCGCCGCUGGAGUCGCCUAUGCCAAUGCACCACUCUAUGCUGCUGGCGGCAGCAGCCAGGUGGAUAUCCGCAACAACUAUGAUGGCACCCAGUCCUCCUACACCACCGCACCGUUCGAGCUGACACCACCCUACUCCAGCCGCUAUGUCUCCGGCAUUCCAGCUGCCUAUGCUGCCGCACCACUGGCCGCACCACUGGCUGCCUCUCCCUAUGCUGCUCCUCUGGCUGCUUCUCCCUACGCUGCUCCUCUGGCCGCUCCUUAUGCCUCGCCCUACACCCUGGGCUCGCCCUAUGCCGCGCCCUAUGCCGCGCCCUAUGCCGCGCCCUACAGCUUCGCUGCUCCUGCCCCACUUUUUGGUUAGACGUGUCUUCAAGACCGAACCUGUU